AUAACCCUGUCCCCAUCCUCUACCUCUCUAUUCUGCACCAUGAAGGGCUUUCACAUUGUGGUGCUGCUGUCCUCGGCCGUGCUGCUGGUCAGCGCUGCUCCGGCUCUGGAGCUGGUGACAUGCACCGCGGAGAGUGAAGCUGCGGCUGCACGGCUGGCUAUGCAUCGCAUUAACGAGAACCAUCGCCACGGCUACAAGUUCAGACUCCAAGAGAUCCAAGGCAACAAAGGGGAAAAGACGGACGACGGCUGUAACCUUGAGCUGCAGUUGAACCUUCUGGAGACAGUGUGCCACGUCGUCAACCCCAAACACUUUGAGGACUGUCAGAUCCGUGGAGAGGCUGGCCGGGCGGUGAUGGCUAACUGCACCGUAAAGAUGAGCGUUAAAAAUAAUGACGCCAACGUCACCAAGUAUGAGUGUGACACGCGACAAGUAAAACCAACAAGGAGAUGGUAAGGAUUUGCCCAGACUGUCCCAGGCUGGACUCACUGAACAGCACUGAAGGUCUCAAGUAUGUUAAUGAAGCUGUGAGCAAGUUCAACCAGAACGC